AUGGUGGAUUUCAUUUCGAUCAACGGCGCUCAGCUGGCGUAUCGUCUGACUGGACCACAGAACGCACCGUUAAUCAUCACUCUCCAUGGAGGACGGGGAUUCGGUAGUUUCUUCUCGCCCAGACCUCGUUUCUCCAAUACUAAUGGGAUAUUAGGAGACCACAAGUCCGAUUUUGCAGCGUUUUCGCCUCUUUCAGACCGAUACAGGGUGCUCUCGUUUGACUAUCGGGGUCAUGGACAGAGCUCGCGCACCAAGCCAUAUUCGUUCCAACAAAUCGUCGAUGAUAUCGAGGCACUCCGGGUUCAUCAUGUCGGGCCAGAACGGCAGUGCAUCAUUUGCGGCGGCAGCUUCGGAGGCUUCUUAGCGCAGCAGUACGCGAUCCAAUACGCGGACAAAGUAUCCCAUUUGAUAUUACGCGGAACUGCGCCUUCGCAUCAUCGUGAGGGUUCCCUGCUUGGUGCCAAGGCUUCGCUUUGGUAUGCUGACGUUUCAUCCGCAGACGAGGAUAAAGCGAUCCAGACGCUCGAAACUCGUCUUCAUCGAUCCCCGGGACUAUCCGUGUCCAUGCUGAAGGAGAAGAUAUUCGGGCAGUUUCAGAACGAUGAUGAGUUCCGGCUCGUGAUGCUCUGCGCGGCGCCUUUGUAUGCUGAAAAGUUCGACCCGGACGGGGCGCUGCGGAAGAAUCUGGAGACGGUGUUUGAUGCCGAGUCACAUAGUAAGCAAACGAGCGCUCGAUUUUCAGGAAGGGUUGAUGUGUGGUAA